UGUGUAGGGGAAGGGAGGGAGGGAAGCUAGAAGGAGGGGCUAGAGAGAUGACGAGGAGACGAGGCGGGUGCACAUCACUGACAGCAACGCAACCAUGGAGCCAGGAUUUAGGGCAUCAAGGUACUGCAGACAAGGUCACUACCAAAUCUGAAUCUGUGCCCCUCACCAUGUCCACCUGCCUCCUCCAUCCACGAUGCAUCCUCCUAGCAUCUUUGGCAUUCUUGUGUGUCUGGGCCAUCUUUGGUCCCUCUGGGCUAAGGAAAGACUUCUCCUUCAUUCCCCCAAUGCCAGCCCCAGCUGCACCUGGGCCCCCACUCUCCUUGCCCCACCUUCUGAUCCCUAACGUAGGGGUUUGCAGAGGUUCUAGCUCCCAACUUUUCCUUCUGAUCCUAGUGAGCACUGCACCUGAGCAUCAAGAGCAGAGGGAUGCUAUUCGAGCCUCCUGGGGGGGUCUUCGGGAACUCCAGGGUCACUUGAUCCGGACACUCUUCGUACUGGGGGAACCCGAUGAUCGUUGGGAAAACAUUAAGGAAGUACUGAAAUGGGAAGCACAGGUUGAGGGCGAUAUCGUGCAGGCCGCUUUCAUGGACUCUUAUCGAAACCUUACCCUGAAAACCUUAAGUGGCCUAGCAUGGGCAGCCAGGUACUGCCCCGAUGUCCGCUACGUCCUCAAGACUGACGAUGAUGUCUAUAUCAACGUCCCUGGCCUCGUGGCUGAACUUAACCAAAGAGGAAAGGACCUGAAACAGGAUUUGCAACAGAGAAAUGCUAAAGGAGAUGGGAUUGUUCAAGGGGACAGGAUUGCCAAAACUGAAGAGAAAAAAAUAGAGGGUGCCCAUAAACUGUACCCUCCCGUACCCCACCUAUACCUUGGCCAUAUCCACUGGAGAGUGUACCCCACCCGCUUGCAGGGGAGCCGACAUCAGGUUUCAGAAAUACAGUGGCCUUCUGCUCGGGGUCCCUUCCCCCCAUAUGGUUCAGGCACCGGCUACGUGUUGUCAGCCCCAGUCCUGAGACUUAUUCUGAAGGCAGCUGGUAGUGUGCCUCUGAUACCAGUAGAGGACGUUUUUGUUGGGGUGAUUGCCAAGAGGGUGGGAGUUGCCCCCACCCAUAGCUCUCGGAUAGCAGGGGCUGCUCGAUAUCCCAUUGACCGUUGCUGCUUUGGGAGGAUAUUAUUAACUUCUCACCACAUGCAGCCCUGGGAGAUGAAGAAUGCCUGGGAGCUUGUGAGGGGCUCCUCAGGGAAUGAGGACAUACCACUUUGCUCCUGGCUUCAGGAAACUCUGGGAAUGCUGAGAUGUCGGAUGCUGAACUGGUGGUAUGACUGACACCACCUGAGUCCUCAGGACGGAAGAGCUGAGGCUGGAGAUGUGUCCAAAGGAAGGGAUUACAAGGGGCUGGGGCCAUCAUGAGGUUUGGAUACUUGGGAUGCAGUUGCCUUAUGGUUUAUAUGCCUCUUCCCCAACAAUCCCAACUUGUCACCAAGCACUGAAGUCUCCCUCAAGUCCACGGUCUCAGUGGCCUGACCUCUAGUCCCAUGCCACAUUCUUAAGAGCUAGGAAGUAUCAGAAGAGGACUCAGAUCAAAGACAGCUGGAUGUGGGGGAGGCUAGAUGGGCCUUGAUCAACAGGGGAGAAAAGAAGAGCCUUCCUCCCCAUCCUGGGAUGGUCAGAGGGGACAGAGUUGAGACUGUCCUCCAGGUUGCGGUGUGUUUGUUCAGGGGCAGGAGGUGAUAGCUAUUUCUCAGUAAAACCUCCUUUUCUUUCUGUCUUUGUGUAAUGUUUUAUAUGAAACCCCAGUCAGAAAGCUUAUCAUCUAGCUAAUGAAAACUCAUGUGAUCUUUGGAUGUGGUGAGUGGUGUCCAGAACUAGGGAUCUUAGUUUGGUUCAAUUGUGCUCCAUUCUGGGAGCCACAUCAACUGGCGAGAAAGCAGGCCUGUGACUGUCCAAAAGGGAGAUGAAGCCAAGAGCUCUCUAUGCCCUUAGAAAAUCAAACAAAGGGGGGGCAGCUAGAUGGCACAGUGGUUAAAGCACCGGCCCUGGAUUCAGGAGUACCUGAGUUCAAAUCCGGCCUCAGACACUUGACACUUACUAGCUGUGUGACCCUGGGCAAGUCACUUAACCCUCAUUGCCCCGCAAAAAAAAAAAAAAAGAAAAUCAAACAAAGGGGAAACAACUAGGAUGUCUAGGAAGACAGACACAGAUCAACUUGAACCCAGGGAGCAAAUCCAGGAACAAAGGAUGGAAGUUUGGAAGCAGCAUGUAUAGGCUGUUAAUCCUGUCCUAUAUGUGCCUUUUCUGUAUACUCCCAUGUUUGAGUUUACUACUUUCCCAUUUGUGUACAUAACACCUUAAAUCUCAUUUAUUCCUCACAACCCUGCUGAGUAGGUGCUAUUGUCAUUCCCAUUUGUAAGGUUCAAGGUCACACACAACUGGUGUCUGGGGCAGGAUUCUAACUCGGGUCCAGCACACUAAUUCUCUGAACUGACUCAUCCCACCUCCCUGGGCCUUGGUGUCAUCUCUUAAAAUAGGGUUGGACCACAUCUUCUGAGGCCCCUUGGAGCUCCAGAGCCAGAACUGUCACAGAGUAUCUGGUUCUCAAGAGUUGGUUUCUUACUCCCAGCUCUGGCUUCCUCCCCUACAUAGGGCAAGCACAUACUUGGUCAGUUCCUGCCUCCCCCAGAAAUAUCCCGAAUGUCAUAAUGUAAGAAAGUGAUAAAGGCCCCAUUCAGGAGGCUCAUGAGGGUGCUUAGAGUACUUUUCUAUUGAGAUGUCCUUUGGGGUAUACAACCCCCGCCUCUCCCCAACACCAAGACGACCAUUGAGCUUCAGGGCCAUGUUCUUCAGGGUAAGCAGCGCCUACAGCAAACCUAAGAGUGGGUCUUGGACUGGCAAGGAAGUGGACAGAACACCCAUUUCGGUGCUACAGCUGGAGUGGGCCACUGGGCUCUACUUCACAACUGGCCCUGGGAAUCCUUCAAAAAAAAAAAAACCCUCACUCUGAAGAAACGAAAGUCCCACUACAAGAUUCCUAACACCGUCAUCUAGCCCCGCCUGGAAGACCUCCAGUCAGGGGAACCCACCUGCUACCACUCUAAGCGCUAAGGAGUCAGACAGUUCCCCUACAGUAAUAACCAUCCUGGGGCAGCUAGGUGGCGCAGUGGAUAAAGCACCGGCCCUGGAUUCAGGAGGACCUGAGUUCAAAUCCAGCCUCAGA